UCUAAAAUAAAAACAAAAGUUCCAUUUCUCUCUCUCUCUCUCUCUCUGUCUUCAAAUCGUCUUUGGUUUUAGGGUUUCCGAUCCCUAAAAACGUUCUCAUUUCACCCUUUACUCGUGGAAUCCGUUCUGAAGUGCUUUCAUUUCUCUUCAUCUUCCUCAAGGUUGUUGGGAUGUAUGAGCUUUAGAAUUGAUUUGAUGAAAUUAAAGUGACAUUGGGUCCUUGAAGUUGGUUGAUACAGAAACAUGAAUUAGUGUAAAUUUUGAGGGUGAUAUCCGUACCUUUUCUUUUAGGAUACUGCUGAGAAUAAUUUGUCCUGUGUAACAGUUAGAUGGGUUCAUAUUCUGGUACUUGCGAAAUAGUUGAAGCAAGCGAAGAGUCGGAACCAGUACAACAAUCUCGAUGGCAGUACCAACCAAAUUCAGGAUUGGGUGCACGUGACAAAGAUAGAAAGCCUAAUGCGCUGAAAAUGGGGUAUAAGGAUUCUCUAGAAGAUGAUAUUAAUCAGCUUUUUGAGGCUAUCAAUCUGAAAGGUCCCAAAGGUUUAAGUGUUUCAUACCAAGGAGGUGCGAGCUCAAGCUCUUUAAAGAAAAAUGCAAUGAAGAAGCCAAUUGCAGUGGGGAUGCCCCGCUCUCCUAGAAUUGGUGGUUCAGAUUCACUGUCUCUGAAGCAGGCACUUAGGGAUCUUUGCAUUUCUAAGGCAUCGGAAAUGGCUGCUAUGAAACGGUUAUCAAUGUCAACUAGUUCUCCUGUGGCGUCUGAAGCUGGAAGGAUAAAAAAUUGGUUCAAUUCAGUUGUAGUUGAACCUGCUGGUGGAUCUGGUCUUCACAGAGAUGAAAACAAGAGGGACAUGGUUGAAGUAUCUUUGGUGCCUGAAGAAAGCAAAUCAACUUCUAGAAUGACUGCUGUGUCACAUGAAGCUCCCCAGAAUAAGUCUUUGAGCCAAAGAGCUAAUUCUUCUCCCCGAUUUGCUGGUGCAAGACCAGAAAUUAGCACUGACACUUCUGUAUCAACUCCAACUGAUGUUUCUGCAUCACUAGAAGUUGAAAGUCAAGCACCAAAGGCAGAGUUGCAUCAGAAAGAGAAGCAUUCAUCUGCAUUUUUUCCGUCUUGUUCUUAUGCUGAUGAUGAUAUGUUAGAGCCUGAAAAUACUCUGCCUGGUUCAAACAAGUUGCCAGAAAGAGCAUCAACGCCAAAGUCGGUACGAAAAGGCAGGUCGCAAAUUGUUUCUUCUUCUAGCUCAAUUAGUGGCAAAAGAGUAAGCAGGAUGACGAGAAAUGCACCACGGGUGGCCAAAAUAGUUGUUAGGAACAAAAGUAGUUCUGGCAAGAAGAAAAUAAAGCAGGGCUCCUCUUCUGCUGCUAAUACUUUCAGUGAAGUAACUAGCAGCUUGGAUUCCACUGCAGGUCAGUUAGUUUGUCAGAGGUGCCACUGUUCUUUGAAGAGUUCAAAUAACGAAUCUAAUCAAGAAUCUGUGAAGUUGCAGUCAGCUGGGAUUAGUACUGAAGUGAGCUCAAGUCAUGUGAAUUCUGAUGUGCGCAAACCAACAUUGAUGGUAAAUAACUCUAACAGCAGCGUUGCUGCUGUUCCAAGGGCUAAAAAGAGCCCAAAAUCAAGAGAAAAGGGACACUUCUCCCAAAGUUCCAGUAGCCUUGGUGAUAGUACUAGCACAAGCAUCAGUGAUGACAGCAAUUUAAGUAGGUAUAGCUGUAGCAACAAACCUCACAUGUCAAAGGAUGUGAGGUGGGCAGCCAUCCGCCACAUUAAGAUGCAGGAAGGGGUCUUGGGGUUGCGGCAUUUUAAUCUUUUAAAGAAGCUUGGUUGUGGAGAUAUUGGGACGGUAUAUCUUGCUGAGCUUAUUGGUACAAACUGCUUGUUUGCUAUAAAAGUCAUGGACAAUGAAUUUUUGGCAAGAAGGAAGAAAUUGCCAAGGGCCCAAACAGAGAAAGAAAUAUUACGGAUGCUUGAUCACCCUUUUCUCCCUACUUUAUAUACCCAAUUCACUUCAGAUAACUUAUCAUGUUUAGUUAUGGAGUACUGUCCUGGUGGGGACCUGCAUGUCCUUCGGCAAAGGCAGCCUGGGAGAUAUUUUCCUGAGCCAGCAGCUAGGUUUUACGUAGCUGAAGUCCUGCUUGCUUUGGAGUACUUGCACAUGCUUGGAGUUGUUUACCGUGAUUUGAAACCAGAAAACAUUCUGGUUCGAGAAGAUGGCCACAUAAUGCUCACAGAUUUUGACCUUUCACUUAGAUGCACAGUUAGUCCAACUCUCCUGAAAACUUCAUCAAAUUUGGAUCCUGCUAGGAUGUCUGGUCCGGGCACAGGAUCUAGCUGCAUAGAACCCUUCUGCAUUGAGCCAUCUUGUCAAGUCACAUGCUUCAGUCCUAGGUUCUUGCCUGCUGCUGCAAAAACCAAGAGGAAGGCAAAAUCUGACCUUGUUGCCCAAGUCAGAUCACUGCCACAGCUUGUGGCUGAGCCUACUGAUGCAAGAUCCAAUUCCUUUGUUGGGACGCACGAGUACUUGGCUCCUGAGAUCAUUAAAGGAGAGGGUCAUGGAGCUGCUGUUGAUUGGUGGACCUUCGGUAUCUUUCUUUACGAGCUUCUCUAUGGUAGGACACCUUUUAAAGGUGCAGGUAAUGAAGAAACGUUAACUAAUGUUGUGCUAGAGGGCCUUAAGUUCCCGGACAGCCCUCUUGUGAGUUUCCAGGCAAGGGAUCUCAUCAGAGGGCUGCUGGUGAAGGAGCCUGAGAAUCGGCUGGGAACAGAAAAAGGGGCUGCAGAAAUCAAGCAACAUCCUUUCUUUGAAGGCUUGAAUUGGGCUUUGAUACGAUGUGCUGUUCCACCAGAACUGCCAGAGUUGUAUGAAUUUGGGAUUCCGAGCAUGAAGUCCCCGGAAGCAGAGAGCAAUUAUUUGGAAUGUAAAGCUACAGGAGACCACCUUGAAUUUGAGCUGUUUUGAUGUAAACAUGUACUUUAGGAGAUGGGUUUCCAUAGGAUACCCUUCUCCAUGGCUGGCCAUGAGCCAUGCUUCCCUUGUUGUAAUUAAUAAUGUAGCCCAUGAUGUAUAUUUAAUUGAGAAUACUUGGUAAAGCUGUCGCCAGAUUUUGUCCUAUUAUCAGACACCAAAAUCUUAUAUUUCAACAAUUAAUGUUUAGUUAGUGUAA